GUGGCUCGCGAAUAAUUUACUUUGGCAGAUUAUACUUUGCACAUACCUCGCAGACUUACCUCAACCUCGUGGUUCCGACUAGAAGUACAUUAAAUAAUAACCAUAAAACCAGUGAAAAUGAAAUUGGACAUCAUCUUAAGGUGAAGGUCGUAACCGUUAACCGAUAACAUUCUGUGUAGCCAGACGAUGUGGAUAACUGGUUUUACCGAUUUAGUAACGUUCCUACAUCAAAUAGGUACUGGUUAUAAACCUUUCAGUCUAACGUAGGACUUUGACCGAUCAUCAUUGUGCAUACUAUUAUACCUUCCUCAACCCUUCUAAAUAUCGCGGGAAAUAUUUACAUCAAACAUCAUUACCAAGAUUUUUAAUAAAUAAAGCGUUAGAUAAUAUUAUAAUGUCUUAUAGAUAGGUAUUAUAUUAUGUUCGUUUUUAAUUAACACACAAGGCUUCAAAAAUACUAAAAACUUUUUUUUUUUAUAUCAAUUUUAAUCUGUAUUAGUCGUGACCGAUGCGAACACGUUCACAAUUGUUUAUAAAAUUCUUACUUUAUGAAUAACAAAGUAUUUUAGAAGAUAACAAUUAAAAAAUUAUGUUCAAUUAUAAUAUAAAUAUAUAUUAUCUUUAGACAAAAUAAAUAAUUAAUAUAAUACUUUAUUGGUUACUAAAUUAAAUGGAUAUUAUUUUGAAUUGAUUAUAUUUAUUUAUACUUAACAAUACUUUAUCAAAAUCAUCGUAUUCUCUUUUUAAAAUUGUAUAACAUGUAAUAUACAAUGACAGUAAUAUAAAAAAAUUUGAAUAGAAUUACACUAUUUUGUUUAGUUUGUUUCACCAAUUUGUGUUCACUAGUAAAACUUAAAAACUAAAAUAUUUUUUAACGGCCAAGUACUAUAGUAUAAUAAAAAAUCAUGAUCAAAUCAACCAAAGAUAAAGAUGAUCCAGCUGGGGUACAUGAAGUAUCGCUCAAAUCUAAGUCAGAAAAACCAAACCUGGACGGAGAUCGGUUGAAUAUAUUCCUAUUAAUAUUACUAUACACAAUACAAGGAUUUCCUAUAGGCAUAUCCACAGCUCUUCCGUUGAUUUUACAGAGUAAAGAAAUGGUAACAUAUAAAGAUCAAGCAGCAUUUAGUAUGGCAUUAUGGCCUUAUAGCAUUAAACUCUUAUGGGCUCCAAUUAUUGACGCACUCUAUAUAAACUCAAUUGGUAGACGAAAAUCCUGGCUAUUACCUCUUCAAAUAUUAAUGGGGAUCACAUUUUUUUAUAUGGCCAUCAAUAUGGAUAAUUGGUUGCCCGAGAAAGGAAAACCAAAUCUUGAAAUGAUAGUGCGUUUGAUCUUCCUUAUUAAUUUUUUAUCUGCAACUCAAGAUAUCGCCGUCGAUGGCUGGUCGUUGUCAGUGUUGAAGAAGAAAAACGUGAGUUAUGCCUCCUUGUGUCCUUCUAUAGGAGUACCGAUUGGAAUGUUCUUAGGUUCAGUUUGCUUCACUUUGCUGGUAUCUGAACAGUUCAACGUCAAAUAUUUAGGAACUGCUACCGGAAAAGGAGGAAUUAUAACUAUGAAAAGUUUUUUUAAUAUUUGUGCUGUAUUCAUUUUUAUGGUCACAACAUUCAUUGGAUUUUUUAAAAAAGAAAAGCAUACAAUGGAAGAUGGCCACAAAAAAAUCAGCGUUUUUCAGAAUUAUAAGCUAUUGUGGGACAUUUUGAAGCUUCCUCGUAUUAGAGUAUUGACACUAGCGUUACUUACAAUAAAGAUAGGAUUUACUGUUAUGGAGACUAUACCGAACUUGAAAUUAAUUGACGCUGGUGUACCUAAGGAUGACAUUAUGAUGAUUACUUCAGUAAUGUAUGCAAUUAAAUUUUUUUUCCCAAUGUUUAUAUGUAAAUAUGUUACGAGUUCAAAGCCAAUGAGUUACCAUCUGAAAAUGACGCCCGUCAGAUUAAUUUGGGGUAUUGUACUCUGUACGUUCGUUUAUUAUACACCAAGUUUAAUAAAAAAAAAUGGAAUUGUUACUAUACCAGCAUAUUAUUAUGUUAUAUUAGGAUUUGUAUCUCUUGUAAACGAGAUGUUGAGUUUAUUUUUGAUGCUGACACUACUUGCAUUCUUUUGUAAAAUAAGUGAUCCUCAUUUUGGUGGAACUUAUAUGACACUAUAUAAUACAUUUUAUUUUUUGGGAUGGUUAAUACCAAAUACUUUUGUUUUGAAGCUCAUUGAUCUUUUGACUUUCAAUGAAUGUUCAAAUGAUUCUUUAAAUACAUGUUACACAAACGAUUUAAAAAAUUUAUGCGAAAAUAAUGGAGGAACUUGUGGAAUUUAUGUGGACGGAUACUAUGUAGCAGUGUUCAUAUGUACGACUCUUGGGUUCAUUUGGUACUUUAGUUUUAAAAAUAUCUUAAAAGAAUACCAAUUAGUGGAGCUUUACCAUUGGAUGGUACAUGGAAAACAACUAAGUACUGAUGAAGUAAACGAACCAUGCAUUAUAUCUUCAGCGUGAUUGCAAACAAUAAUGACCAUACUAAGUACUUGGUAGUCCAAGUAUAUUUUAAAUAUUAUAGUGUUAAUUAAAACAUUUUGGUUUUAAAAUAAAAUAAAAAAAAAUCAUUUACGUGCUUUAGACGGACACUUAAAUGAUUGUAAAAUGUGCUGCAACA